AUGGCUGACCUGCAAGCCCACACAACAGAUAUGAUAAAGAAAAUGAUGGCUGACCAGCAGGCCCAAGCCACAGUAAUGAGAAGUUUGGGGCGCCAAAUGGGACAACUUGCUUGUGCCCAAAAUACUCGACCAGUUGGAGCUUUUCCAAGUGACACUAAGGCUAAUCCUAAGGCAUCUAUUAAUGCUAUGUCAUUGAGGAAUGGGAGACAAUUAGAAGAAGUCCAGUCAAAAAAGAAAAAACAAGUGACCUUUAAUGAGAAGUCGGCCACUAUAGAGUUAAAAUUAGAAAAAUCAAAGGAUUCAGAGAAGCUAGCUGAAGAGGCGGUGGCUGAGCAACCUCCACUAGUGCAAAUCAAUAGUCCACUGGUAGAUAUCCUACAAGAAGUGCCCAAAUAUGCAAAAUACAUCAAGGACAUAGUGGCAAAUAAGAGGAGGUUGACCGAAUUCGAGACUGUAGCACUCACUAAGGAAUGUAGCUCUAAAAUCCAAAGCAAGCUACCUCAGAAAUUGAAGAAUCCAGGUAGUUUCACUAUCCAAAUUUCGAUUGGUAAGCAUGCAGACGGGCGAGCUUUGUGUGAUCUUGGAGUGAGCAUCAAUUUGAUGCCACUGUCUGUGUUCGGACAGUUGGGGUUGGGUGAGCCACACCCAACAACGAUGAUCUUACAAUUGGCUGAUCGCUCCCUUGCUCAUCCAGAAGGAGUGAUUGAAGAUGUGUUUGUUCAAAUGGGUUCUUUUAUAUUCCCUGCUGAUUUCAUUAUCUUAGAAUACGAGCCUGAUCAAGAGGUCUCAUUUAUUUUGAGAUAUCCAUUCUUAGCCACGAGCCGAGCUAUUAUUGAUGUAUGCGAAGGAAAGAUGACAAUGAGAGUAGGUGAUCGAGUGGAGAUAUUUAACUUGUAUAAAGCAAUUAGAUUGCCAGCCUAUUAUGAAGAGUUAUCCAUGAUUGCUGUAGGGAAAAGCAAUACUACGUCAUUGGUGCCUUAUAUGAGCCCCAUAGAUCUUCUUGAACGAGCUUUGAUUGGGAAUGAAGAAUGA